AUUGGCUUUGAAAAGUUUUUAAUUUCUACAUACUUUUGUGUACAUGAAAACAGCUUCAUGGCUUAAGCUUUAAACUAUAUUUUUGUGAAUCAUAAAGGGAAAAUAGCCCGUUGACUUAAUCUGCUUUGUAGCUCUAACUCUUAAAUAUCUAGUAUUUACUACAAUCUUACUCGGGAGUUAUUGUUUAACAAAAUGCUAGUUGUGGUGGUGUAGAAUAAAAAAAUACACCUUCACAAUAACAUUGUGAUAUUCUAUUACAUAUAGUAUCCUAUGACCUAUAAAACAAAUCUGAUUUGAGCUCAACUUAAACGUAUUUUUCUAUGGACCACGCUAAUGUAUUCUUUGUCUAUUUAAGUGCAUUAGAAAACCCAUCAAUCACAAUGGCAUUGUCUGGAGCAACAGCAGCCCAACUUUCUUCGUUAUUGGAAUGCAAGAUCUGUUUAGACACUUAUCAUCAGCCAAAACAACUAAACUGCGGACAUACAUAUUGUCAACAUUGUUUAGAUGCACUAGCUAAAUUUAAUGCAGACGGCACUGCUGAAAUACGGUGUCCAUUAAGAUGUUCCAGAAAAACAAAACUUGAUUCACAUGAAACAACAUCAACACUAGGAAACACAUAUGUAGUGAAUGACAUUCUGAAUGAGCUGUUAAAUGUCGGAAAAGGUAAUUCCCAAUGUCAGCAAAGCAACGAAUGCAAGCAAACUGUCAGCCACUCUUGUACCACAUGCAGUGGGAAGAUUUGUAGCAAGUGUCAAAACAUACACUCUUGCAUCAACAAAUCCUUUACCAGUGUUACUUUUAAUGAAAAAUUGCAAGAAAUACAACCAUUAUGUGAGGAACAUAACUCCCAUGGAAGAUUUGUCUGUAUUGAUUGUGACAAUAAGUUUACAUGCCUAUAUUGCAUACACAGAAGUCAUAAGAAUCACGAAAGAAGGUCGAUUGCUGAAUUCGGUGAGGAAGCAAGGAAAUGGUUUCAGUCCUCCAUAGCAUCAUUUGAUAAAACAAAAGUGGUAUUGGAGAAAUUAACAAAAGAAUAUGAUGAGUCGUUAAAAAGUUUCAAAUGUAGCAGAGAAGCAUUUGUUCGUGAAUUAAAAAUCAGGAAGUUAAAAAGAAUAGAAGAUUAUCUGAAAAAACUAAACACGGAAGAAGAAAAUCUGCUGCUAAGAUUUGACCAAAAGAUGAAAGAAUUUGAAUCAAAAAUAUUUGUAAGUGAACUCACCCUUGAUACCAGAAUGCAGGAAUUUUCGAAGUGCAUGGAAGAAUUUAAUUCAAAAUGCGACUUUGAAUUAGUUGCUUGGAAGUUGGAAAUUGAAAGAAAACAUCACAGUCUACUUUCUUUUCCAAGAGUUAUCCCAAGUUAUAGUAUGCAUCUUAAACACUUGAAUGAACAAGAUUGUUUAACAAAUCUGUUGGGUGAACUAAAAAUCUCUGUCAGGGAUGUCAACAUUAUAAAUCCUUACAAAUUUCCAGCUUACAAAUAUAUGAUGGAUGAAACUGAAAAACGACCUAGCCAUGCACUAUUAGAAACUAAUUUGCAAACAUUACUUGUGGAUUUAAAAGGGUAUAAAGAAUCAGUUGAAAGUGUAAACCGUGGUUGUGGGAAGGAAACGAAAAGAGAUGUGAGGACGAAAACAGUAGCGCUAGCUACUAAAUAUUACAAUUUUCAAGAACUUGAAGAGAUUAUUCAAGAUGGAGAUAUUGAAAAACUUCAUUUAAUUCUAAUAAACAAUCCAAAUAUCGUUACAAUGAGAGGUGAUUAUAAUAAUACGCUGUUAAUAAAAGCUGCACAUUACAACAAACCAUCAGUAGUGAAGUACUUGAUUAAUGCUCGUAGUGACGUGAAUGCUGUAGAUGGAUAUAAACGUAAUGCAUAUCACUGCUGUGCUUGGAAUGGCCAUCAAGAUGUAUUAAAAGUUCUAAUUAAUCAUGAUGUAAGAAAUAUUAACAACGUAGACGAUAACCAUGAAACACCGUUACAUGAUGCAUCUCGUAACGAGCAUAUUGAAUGUGUUAAGUUGCUACUAUUCAUACCAAGCAUUAAUGUAAAUAUACGAAACGAUGACGGUGAAACGGCUUAUGAUCUUGCCAAGAAUGACUCUGUUAAGCGUUUAUUAUGGAACAACAAGGGAUUUUCCAAGUGACUGGAAGUCAAAGUUUAAUAAAAUAUUAAUUUUCGAUCACAAACAUUUCGAUCAGAUUUGUUACUUUAUCAUCUAGACCGAUUUUCAUUAAUUUUUAAUUCAUUAAAACAUAAA